GGAAGUUGGACUCGAGCUCUAAGCCAUUUUCAAAUUUGUAGAUUGUAGAUCUAUCAGUCCCACAGUAGAGGGGAAAAAGAUCAAUCGUGUAAGAGGCUUUCAGAGUUUACAAUGAGUCGGCCAAUGGAGGAAGAUAAUGGCAAGAAUGAAGAUGAGGAAUUUAACACUGGACCACUUUCUGUUCUGAUGAUGAGUGUCAAAAACAACACGCAGGUGCUCAUUAAUUGUCGCAACAACAAAAAGCUUCUGGGUCGGGUGAGAGCUUUUGAUCGUCACUGCAAUAUUGUUCUUGAGAAUGUUAGAGAGAUGUGGACUGAGGUGCCAAAGACUGGGAAAGGCAAGAAAAAGGCGCAGCCAGUUAACAAAGACAGAUUCAUCAGUAAAAUGUUCCUUCGCGGAGAUUCCGUCAUCAUCGUACUUAGGAAUCCAAAGUGAGAUUUCCAUGUUGGCAGAAUGGCCCAAUGAUUUGAGAAGUUCAUAUCAUACUUGUAAUCUGAUCUCUCCCGGCCGCCAUCACCAUUUUUAGCAACUAAUUGUGUUAAUGACUUGUUGGAGACAACGGAUUCUGUAGAAGAAAGCCUUUGAAAAUAUGCCUGUCUUGGUGAAUGGAUAUAUGCCCUUUUGGCGGAGCUUGCCAUAUAUGUAGUUAAUUCUGUAUGGCGUUGUCAGUUUGUACAUUUGGUCAGGGUGCAAUGUUGAAUUCUGAUCUUUUACUCUAUUGCAAAAUUUGUUAUUGAUUUAA